GUAAAAGACAAAAAAAAAAAGAGCUGAGAAUAAAAAAAGCAAAACAGGAAAAGAAGUCAGGUGGAUGAGACUGACCGUGCUCUCUGCUCUUCAGUGAGAGCUGAGCUGUUUUCUCCCCUUGCCGGACUCUUCCAAUAACACAUCAUGGAGUUUGUUGAAUUGAUAAAGACCCCCCGGGUGGACGGCGUGGUCCUGCACCGGCCCUUUCUGCCCACCGUGGAGGGAACUCUGUGUUUAACCGGCCACCACCUCAUCCUGUCCUCACGCCAGGACAACACAGAGGAGCUCUGGCUGCUCCAUGCCAACAUUGACGCUAUUGAGAAGAGGUUUGUGGGCUCUCUCGGCUCAAUCAUUGUGAAAUGCAAGGACCUUCGGACUAUUCAGCUGGACAUACCUGGCAUGGAGGAGUGUCUCAACAUUGCUAGCUCCAUUGAAGCGUUGUCCACACUCGACUCGGUCUCUUUGAUGUAUCCUUUCUUCUACCGGCCCCUGUUUGAGGUCAUCGAUGACGGGUGGCACUUGUUCUCACCAGAAGACGCCUUCAGAGAUCUGGAAUCGAUGACCGAUGAGUGGAGGCUUAGCGAAGUGAAUAAAAACUUUACUGUUUGCCCCUCAUACCCUUCAUUGGUGGCCGUACCCAAGGAAAUGGAUGAUGACACUCUUUGCAAAGCUGCUGCUUUUCGACACGGUGGACGCUUUCCUGUGCUCAGCUACUACCACAAGAAGAAUGGCAUGGUGAUGAUGCGAGCAGGACAGCCUCUGACUGGCACGAACGGACGCCGCUGUAAGGAAGAUGAGAAGUUGAUCAACGCUACGCUGCGUGCAGGAAAACGUGGCUACAUCAUCGACACACGCACUGUUGCUGUAGCGCAGCAGGCUAAGGCCCGUGGAGGCGGGUUUGAACAGGAGGCAAACUACCCCCAGUGGAGGAGAAUCCACAAAGCUAUUGAGAGGUCGAAUUUUCUUCAAGAGAGCCUGAUAAAGCUGGUGGAGGCGUGUAAUGACCACUCGAACAGCAUGGACCGCUGGCUUAGCAAACUGGAGGCGUCCAACUGGCAGAGCCACGUUAAAGAGAUCCUCACGACCGCCUGCCUGGCGGCUCAGUGCAUCGACAGAGAGGGUGCGUCAGUGCUAGUUCAUGGGACAGAGGGAACUGAUUCCACACUGCAGGUCACUUCAUUAGCUCAGAUCAUCUUGGAUCCAGGCUGCAGGACAGUCCGUGGCUUCCAGGCGCUUGUGGAGCGUGAGUGGCUGCAGGCCGGCCACCCGUUCCAGCAGCGCUGUGCCCAGUCUGCAUACUCCAACGGGAAACCAAGGAAUGAAGCACCCGUGUUUCUGCUCUUCCUGGACUGUGUGUGGCAGAUCCUGCGCCAGUUUCCUUGCUCCUUCCAGUUUAAUGAACACUUUCUGGUCACGCUAUUUGAACAUGCUUACGCAUCCCAGUUUGGCACUUUCCUGGGAAACAGCGCUGCCGAGAGGGUGAAGUUGGAGCUCUGUCAAAAGACGGUGUCCCUGUGGUCGUGGAUGAACAGGCCUCAGGAGCUGGAGCGCUUCCUUAACCCUCUCUAUGAGGCCAACAGUCUUGUGAUCUGGCCAUCUGUAGCUCCGCAGAGUCUGCUGCUGUGGGAGGGUGUGUUCCUACGCUGGAAUCGCUCGACUAAGUGUCUGGAUGAGGCAUACGAGGAGAUGGUCCAUAUUAUUGAAUACAAUAAGGAGCUACAGAAUAAAGUGAACAGCCUGAGGAGACAGCUAGCUCAACUAGAGACAGACGAUGGCUCUCUUCAGAGUCCGUAGACAUACACGUCGACCUUACUGAGAAAUCUGAACAGAGCCGUUCACAGCCUAGGAGUUCCUAUUCAGCACUACUGAAAUUUAUUCUGACCCGUUCAUGUAUGUACAAAUACAUGUGCACAUAUUCACACACACAUGUCACGUUUGUUCAGUAAGAAUCAGACAGACUAAAUGUGUUUCCCCUUCAUGUGUAGUCAUUGCUUGUUCUUUUUAUUUUUUUAAUGCUAGUUCUCUUUGCUCUUCACAUGCCACACCAGGUGCUUAGACACUCCCUGAGAAAGGCUUUGAUAAUAUUGUUAUAUAUUUGUGGCUGUUCAGCAACUUUUAUACACUAAGUGGAACUUAUUGAAACAAGCAGACAGUUUCUUGACAUAUAGUUGGUUGGAUGUAAUCACUCGUACCAAAUUGUGCAAUUAGUUUUAUUUUUUUCCCCAAUGGAGGCCUUCGAUGGUCAGUGUGUGCCCGAAAGCAGUUUGCCUUUUUUGUUCUUAAACCGUAAUGAAUAAUUUAUCAAUGUGAAAGAAAGGAUCUUAUAAGGGAAAUAAUAUUUGCUUUAGUUUGGGAAGCAGAAACUAUACAGUGGCUUUUGUGUACUUUGGUUAAAUGCCAUGGUAUCAUAAAGUGUAUACAUGCUAUGUAAUGGUAAUCAGAAUUGAGCAAAGCACCUAUGAAAAAAAUAUGUUGUGUAGAUUCAGAAUUCCUGUGGGUUUGUUGCAGUUGAUAUACAAUGUUUUAUUAUUAGCCUAUUAUUAUUAUUAUUAUUUAGUUUGUUGCAAUAUAAAUCAAGACAUGGCCAAAACAAUUGACAAAGCCUUCCUGUUGAUCUUUAAUCCUUUUCAAAAGAAAUUAAAUAUCUUUUAACAAAAAAGAAAGGAAAAAAACAUAAAUAAGCAUAAAGACAUUCCUUGCUGUUGCAUUGGCUUACAUAAAAAAAUCUAAAAAGCAUACUUGAGUGCAAGUCCCUUAUGUCCUAGUAGACUAUUGUUCCUGUGAUGUAGACGUUACACGUUAAACCUCCAUUUAAUGUGCUGGUGGUGGUGGUGGUGGUAAAUCAUCCUUCACAGCUAUUAUAGAUGAUGUUUUAAAACUAAAAAGCUUAAAAUACCAAACUGUUUCAGGCAUUUCUGUCAUUACCACCUAUAUGCACGAUACAGCAUAUUUACAGUUAGGCCAUUUUCCUUAGCAGUUGGUCAAGUGUUUUGUGGCACUCUAUUAUUAUAGAGUUAUUAUUCACACCCACUUAAGUGCAGUCUGGGUUCUUCACUGAAUUCUCUGGUUUUGUCUGGCUUCGAGGGCAGGAUGUAAAAUGUAAUGUCGAUGCCACACAACAUAGAGACUUGCAUGUUAACCAAACAAUUUGUGUUGUACUGUACAUGUUCACUGUUUACCCAAAACACUGUACUUUCACAUACAUGUAAACUAUUUGUGAAAGUAUAUUUGCAUACAUUUUUCCCAGACACAAUGUUUUUAUCUUCCGUGCAAUUGUUUAUUGAGAAAGCAAAAAAGCUCUUAAUUUAACUGGUUGUGUGUUAGAGAUUAACACACAGCACAUGUUGAUGUAUAUUAACUGCCAUUUUAUGUUGUAUUCUUUGGGCAUUAAAAUGUUUCGUAUAUGGUUUCAUACAAAUCAUAAUUAAGCAAACCCUUAAUAAAGUUAUAACAUGCUAUUACA